CUAGGUAAGGAUAAAUACAAUCAUGAAUUGUAGGAGUAAAAUAUUAGUGUGCUUGUCUCUAGCAGUGGUGUUCAUGAGCUUGCACACCAGCAUGGCGACCGUCUAUAUGGUCGGGGACUCGAACGGAUGGUCACUUGGUGUCGAUUAUGCAACUUGGACUAGUGACAAGACCUUCAUUGUCGGCGACACCCUCGUAUUCUCAUACGGAAGUAGCCAUACAAUAGACGAAGUGAGCGAGAGCGAUUACAGCAGCUGCUCGAUAGGAAACGUGUUAGCGAGCGACAAUAGUGGCGCAAGCAACGUACCCCUUAACAAGGCUGGUAAGCGUUACUUCGUCUGUGGCGUGAUCGGUCACUGCAGCGGAGGCAUGAAGAUCAUCGUGGAUGUCAAAGACUCUUCUUCCUCCAACAAUUCUCCGACCACCACCACCACAACGACUAAGCCCAUUUCUUUCUCCUCGUCCGUCAGGGCAACCAACACUUGGAUCACGGCUCUGCUUUUGCUAAUUGGAUUGGUCAAGAUUGUCAAUGUCUAA